AUGUAUGAGAUCUACGUUGCCGGCGCUGCGGCUGCGUUCACAGUGGACUGUCUUGUCUACCCUCUAGAUACCAUCAAGACCAGGUACCAGAGCCAAGACUUUGUCAAGACGUAUGCCUCGACAUCAGGAAGCAAAGCGCCUCUCUUCCAGGGCCUCUACCAGGGCAUUGGGAGUGUGGUGCUGGCCACCCUACCGGCAGCCGGGAUAUUCUUUGCCACGUAUGAGAGCAUGAAGAAAACCAUCUCCAAUACCGCCUCGCUCCCCCAACCAUUUGUGCAUGCCUCAGCCUCCGCCAUCGCGGAGAUGGGCUCCUGUCUGGUCCUCGCACCGGCGGAGGUUAUCAAACAAAAUGCACAGAUGUUGCGUCAGCAGGAUAGCAGCAGUAGCAGCAGUAGCAGCAGUAGCAGCAGUAGCAACAGCAGCAGCAGCAGUGGCACCAGAAGAUCAACUUCACUCCAGGCCCUGCGGCAAGUCACCAGUUCCGGGGCUCAAAGACGGCUCUUCUCCGGAUACACGGCCCUCGUUGCGCGUAAUCUCCCCUUCACGGCAAUUCAAUUCCCCAUUUUUGAGCAUGUGCGGAAGACGGCCUGGAGUUCUCGGUCGCAGGAAAGGGCAGAGGGCGAAGAGCAAGGCCUCGUGGAGACGGCCGUGGUCACGGGAACCAGCGCCGGCGCAGCGGGAGCAUUCGCUGCUUUCAUCACAACGCCGAGCGAUGUCGUAAAGACCCGGAUGAUGCUGAGUGCAGGAGAGACGGGCGAUAACCAAGGCAUGUCGGGCCAACAGGCUGGUAAAGCAACGACGACCAAGCCGAGCCGCGGCAGCUUGGAGGUGACGCGGGACGUGUACCGACAAAACGGCAUCCGCGGGCUCUUCCGCGGUGGAGGAUUGCGUGCCGUGUGGACGGCCGUUGGCAGCGGUCUCUACUUGGGCACGUACGAAAUGUCAAAAGUCUGGCUCACCCGAGGCAAGGACGAAUCAGAAGUCGUUGGAGGGCUGUGA